AUGUCCACCUCAAUAGCGCUCAAAAAGCGCCGCCUCCGAAGCGACUACAUCUACCACCAAACCCACCGAACAAGAUGGUUCGACAAUGACAUGUACGCCCACCUCAACAACACCGUCUACGCGAUGCUCUUCGACAGCAUAAUAAACACGUACCUGAUCACCCACUGCGGAAUGGAUCCCUUCACGCACAACAACCCCACCCUUACGACACCCACACCCUCCUCCUUUAAAUCCUCUCAAGUGGGCAUAAUGGUCUCCUCCUACUGCGACUACUUCUCAUCGGUCUCAUUCCCGGAUAUUUUGGACCUAGGGCUGCGAGUCACGAAGCUAGGGAAUAGCAGCGUGACGUAUGAAGUUGGAGUAUUUAAGGAAGGGGAGGAAGAGGUGAAGGUUGUUGUGGGGUAUACGCAUGUUUUUGUAGCGAGGGAGACGAUGAGGCCGACGAAGGAAGGGAUGGAGGAUGGGGUUAGAAGGGCGUUGGAGAGGUUGCUUGUUCGUGAUGGUGAGACUCCCGGGGCGAAGUUGUGA